UCGCCCUCACCGACUAAGCGUGACUAAGAGGUGCGCGAAUUGGCGCUAAUUGCUCUAAUUGGUGCGCCAGGCAAGGACGGCCUAUAAAAGCGGCCGCACCGCCGCUCAGCCAGCAUCUUUCUGCGAACUUAGACAUGGCUCACACCAAGAUUGCGGUAGGUUUGUUGCUGGCCUGUGCCAUCUGUGCCCACGCCUUCCCUGCAGAUAAUGUGCCUACCUCGAGGCCCUCCUUCGGAGCUGGCUCCUCGUCUUUUGAGCCUGUGAAGCCCCUCGGUGGAUCGUCAGGACCAGGCAGCUCUGCUGGAGUGUUCAUUCCUCAAGGAAACCCCAACUUCCUUACUGGAACUACCGCUGGACGUUUCAUUCGCGAUGACCAAGAGGCCGCUGCUCGCUCUCCCCUGAGUGGCACCACCGUGCUUCCCUCUUCCACCCGUAAUACCCGUGAGGUUACCAACUCGCCUGUGAAGCCUCUUGCGGUUGCCUCCACCCUGCCACCAAGGCGCGAUAAUCGUGAUGUCACCUCUCCGAGGCCUGUUGUCCUGCCUGGCUCUCUGGCUUCUUCCUCUGUCUCCACGUCUGCUCCCAAGAACAAGCGUGAGGAAGCUACCACCGCCAAGCUACCCAUUGUCUCCAGCACCGUUGCUCAUCGUGAAUUGCGCGAAGCCACCACCGCCAAGGUCAUCGCCACUGGCUCUCCCAGUCUUGGAGCUAAGCCCCUGGUCCCCUCCACCGCUGCCCCUAAGAACAAGCGUGAGUCCUCCACCACCAUCGUCGCCCCAAUUCAGCCUCUCUACAACGGACCGUCCACCACCGAGGCUAAGCCUUUCUUGAGCAUCUCGCACAAGAACAAGCGCCAGGCCCCACUUUCUCUUGACUCUGGUUCCGGAGAGGAAGCUGAUGACGACAACGGCAACCGCCAACUGUUCCAGCAACGGCCCACCCUCAUCCCAAGGCCGAGCAACCGCCCCAACCUUUUCCGCAGGACCACCACUACCACCCCCAGCAGCGACUCCACCACCACUAGGGCUACCCGCACCACCACCGAAGCCUCCAAAUUCAAGCGUGAUACAUCUUCCACCACAUCCAAGUCUCUCCCAGAUGUGUACUCUAGCUCAAGCGUGAGGCCCAUUGUAAAGCGCCAGGAUGAUGAUGAUGACUCCAACCGCCAGCUGUUAAACCGUCCUACCGUGUUCCAAAGACCCCUCCGCAGAACCACCCCUGCUACCAAUAAGGCUACUGAGGGCACCAAAGCCACCACCACCAGAUUCAGGCGUGAUGUUUUCGGCACCACUGAGAGUUUCAGGCCCUACACCGUUGAGUCCUUCAGUGGAUCAGAGUCGCUUCCCGGUCAAAGCACCUACUUUACUGGCACCAAUGUGAACGGCCAGCGCCCUGAUGGCCAGCAGUUUGCAGGCUCCUCCAUCGCCAGCACCUCCUUUGGCACCAUCCCCCAUCAGGCGCAAUACAACAAGCGCCAAGCUGAUGACGAUGAUUCGUCCAGUGGUGAAAACAGCCAGGAGCAAUAAACUACGGUUUUCACCAACACCCACCGCGAUUUUUCUGAAGAAACAGAAAAUGUAUCAACGGAAAACUGUAUUUUUAUACAAUUCCUAACUUGAUGAAAGAGAGGAGAUAAAUAAAUUUUUACUUCUUUUGCAAGUUAAGAUCCCAAUGAAA